CUGCUCCCCAGAGACCAAUUACCAGUGUAUUAGUUUGUGUUUUCGCUUUCAAAAGAAUCAGCAACUUCUAGCAAGUUAUCUUGCCCGCUCUUGUUCUCCUGAUUAAUGAUGAAAACAGCUGUGUUUCUUGUCUUCCUCGCUUUUUCACUCGCCUUGUGCUACCAAGAUGCGCAAAACAGUGGCCAUAAAAGAUCCCUUUUACCGUGCCAAAAACAGAAUAACAAAGCGCUUGCCAACCUUGUUGGAAAUGGAAAGUCCAUCCAGGGCAAGUUAUCAGUUUUACAAAGCUGUUCUAGUUCUAUGACGAACAUGAGGACUGUUGAUAGGCCAAAUGAAGUACAUUACGAUUUCGAAGAGUCCUGUUAUGUUGAAGGGGAUUCACAGUCUCUGGUAAAAGUGAAAGCAAAAUCUGACCCACCCGCCCGUGGCGGAGAACAAUGUGCAGUUCUACCCGUCUUUCAAGCAGCCUUUCUCGUUCAAGACGUGGACACAAACUCGUACAUGAUUCUAAAUCCAGCAACGGCUCAGUGGUUUUUCACUAGACCUCUUGGAGGAUGUGAAAUGUUCGUGGCAAAGGGAUCCACCCGUCAGGAUGUCCUCGUUAUACACUCCAAUUUGGACAGGUGUAGAAACAAAGUGGGAAAUCUCCAAGAGAAGGGUGCAUCAGUAGACGAAAUGAUGGGACGCCACCCUGGGUAUCACUUGAUUGCUCGUGUGUACAGUGAACCUCCUGCGGCAGAAAAACCAGCAGCUGAUGCGUAUAUGAGAGGUUAUGAAAGAGGCCAUCCGGGAAUUUUAACCAUAGCCUACAACAACCAGCCUCCAACAACACUUCAAUAUUUUCAGUUUAUUGGUCAUUACAAUGACGCUCAGUACUGGAUUUUCACUGUAAAGGGAGAAAUUGACGGCAAAGUUUUUGGGCGUAUUCAAGUAAGGUAAAAGCCUGAAAAGUUGUAUCCUCAACGACAAAUUGUGUACAAUCUUCAAAUAUUUUGCAAGUCAGUAGUAGUUGUGAGCUGUAAUUUCCUAUGCGUACUUGUAAUGAUAUAACACACGUGAAUAAAAAAUGGCGGAG